GCUUCGCCAUCUUCCCGGUCCCCCUCCUGCGCCAACAGGUUUAGUGAAGCCCGAAAUCCCGUUUCCAGAUUUCCCAGUAAUUCUCAAGGUCCUGGUUGCCCAUCUUCCUAAGAGCAGAGUUGUAUCUUCACAUGUCUCCAUGCUUUUUUCAGAAGAACAGAAAAUGAACAAAUCCCAGGGGUCACUGUCAUUUGGGGAUGUGACUGUGGACUUCUCCCAGGAGGAGUGGCAGCACCUGGACCCAGAUCAGAGGACCCUGUACAGGGAUGUGAUGCUGGAGAACUAUCACAACUUUGUCUCCAUUGGGUAUCUCAUUAAAAAGCCAGCAGUGAUCUUCAAGUUGGAAGAAGGAAAGGAACCAUGGAUAGUAGAGGAAGAACUUCUGUACCAGAACUACCACGAAGACAACAAAGUUCAUUACCUAACAGAGAGAAUCCAGAAAUACCAAGACAAAUAUUUGCCACAACUUUUAUUCAGCAACAAAAAACUGUCCUCAGAGAAAGUUUAUGCUUUAAGAAAAUUGUCUGAUAUGAGUACAAAUUGUGUUCUUUCAAGAAAAGUGCCCUUCAAAUAUGACUUAAAUGGAAUGAAUUUGGAAAAUAUUUUAAUAUCAAUUGGUAGUAAUAGAACUUCUUCAAGAAAAAAGCCUCACGUAUCAAAUGUAUAUGAGAAAUUACUUGAUAUUAAGCAGGCGAAACCUCAUACUGAAGAGAUUUCUUAUCAAAAUAAUCAAUAUGAGAAAGCCCUGAGUCAUAAGAAUGGUAUAAUUCAGCACUUAAAUACUCAGUCUUCAGAGAAGAUUUCAAAAUAUGGUGGUGGAAAGUCCAUAGGAAAAAAGACCACAAUAAUUCCACACAGGGAAACUGACACAAGAGAAAAACUCUGUGAAUAUAAUGGACAUGGAGAAACCUGUGAGAAGUUAACUCUUUUGAAAUGUUAUGGGGUCCACAUGGAAAUAAAACAAUAUGAAAGCAAUCAAGUUGAAAAUAAUUUCAAAAGGGUGUCACAUUUCACUCAAGUUGAGAAAAAACAGAGACAUCAGGAUCUCUUCAAAUGUAGUCAGUGUGAGAAAACAUUCAACUACAAGUCAAACCUCAUAGUGCAUCAGAGAACACACACAGGGGAGAAACCCCUUGAGUUUAAUUUAUAUAGGAAAACAAGUCACAAGUCAGCUGUCACGGAUUAUCAGUUAACACAUAUGGAGGAGAAACUUUAUAAAUGUCAUGAAUGUGGGAAGUCCUUUUGCAGGAAAUCCUCUCUCACUCGACAUGAGGGAAUGUAUAAAGGGGGGAAACCCCAUGAGUGUAAUGCAUGUGGAAAAACUUUCUGUAAGAAGUCAGCCUUCACUCAACAUCAGAAAACUCAUGCAGGAGAGAAACACUUCCAAUGUAAUGAACGCAGUAAGACUUUCCAUCGGCAGUCAGGCAUUAAGGUACUUCAGAGAAUCCACACAGGAGAGAAACGCUUCCAAUGUAAUGAAUGUGGCAAAACUUUCCAUUGGCAGUCAGAUGUUAAGCUACAUCAGAGAAUUCACACAGGAGAGAAACCCUUUCAGUGUAGUAAGUGUGACAAAACUUUCUAUCGACAGGCAGAUGUUAAUGCACAUCAGAGAAUUCACACAGGAGAGAAGCGCUAUCAGUGUAAUGAAUGUGGUAAAACUUUCUAUUGGCAGUCAGAUGUUCAUGCACAUCAAAGAACUCACACAGGAGAGAAACCCUUUCAAUGUAAUGAAUGUGGUAAAUCUUUUCAUCGGCAGUCAGAUGUUAAUGUUCAUCAGAGAACUCACACAGGAGAGAAACGCUUUCAGUGUAAGGAAUGUGGUAAAACUUUCUAUCGGCAGUCAGAUGUUAAUGCACAUCAGAGGAUUCACACGGGACAGAAACCCUUUCAGUGUAAGGAAUGUGGUAAAACUUUCUAUCGGCAGGCAGACGUUAAUGUGCAUCAGAGAACUCACACAGGAGAGAAACGCUUUCAAUGCAGGGAAUGUGGUAAAAAUUUCUAUCGGCAGUCAGAAGUUAAUGUACAUCAGAGAACUCACACAGGAGAGAAGCCCUUUCAGUGUAUUGAGUGUGGUAAAACUUUUUAUCGGCAGUCAGAUGUUAAUGCACAUCAGAGAAUUCACACAGGAGAGAAACCUUAUAAAUGUAAUGAAUGUGGGAAGUCCUUUUAUGAGAAGUCAUCCCUCACCCGACAUGAGAGAACUCACACAGGGGAAAAGCCCUAUGAAUGUAAUGAAUGUAGGAGAACCUUCUGCCAGAAGUCAGCCCUCACUCAACAUCAGAGAACUCACACAGGAGAUAGACCCUUUCAAUGCAAUGUAUGCGGUAAAACUUACCGUCAUCUGUCAGCCAUCAAUGUACAUCAGAGAACUCACACAGGAGUGAAACCUUUCCAGUGUAAUGACUGUGAGAAAUCUUUUCUUACAAAGUCGACUCUUACUAAUCAUCAGAGAACUCAUACAGGGGAAAAACCCUUUGAGUGUAAUGAAUGUGGGAAGAGUUUCCGUCAUAAAUCUACCCUCACUACCCAUCUGAGAAUUCACUCAGGAGAGAAGCCUUAUAAAUGCUGUGAAUGUGGAAAAACUUUCGGCCGGAAAUCAGCCCUUAGGAAUCAUCAAGGAAUUCACAUAGGGUAGAAACCCUAUAGCAGAAAAACUUGCUAUAUUUUUCACAAUACUCAUUUCUCUUUCUUUGUAGUUAACACAACUUGUCAAGAUUUUCUAGCCUUCUUUCCAUUCUUGUAAAGCCAUAUGACCUCUGAAUCAGAGUAUGAGCACACAUUCCAACCCUAUAGAAGACCUCAUUUGGGAUUUUUCCUAUUUCCAUUUUUCUUUCCUUAUUCAAGGGUAAUGGAGAUCACCCUCAGGGUAACUUGGGAGCUAGUUAUUAGAGAUUACAGAAUCACAAGGUGGAAGAAAUCAGGGUUCUGUGCAGAGUUCUGCCUUCUCUAACAUCACUUGUAAGUCUUGUCAUGAACCAGAAAGAAAUUUCAGUUUUGUUUGGCCAUUUAUGUAUAGGACUUUUUAUUGUCAUAGUAUAUGCUAGUCAUCUCUUAUCUCAUAUAUCUUAUGAAUGUAAUGAAGGUAUGAGAAAUGCUCUAUGUCAGAGAAUUCAUUAGGGGGGAAACUGUUCUCAUUAUCCUGCAUUUUAAUAAACUUCCAUCAAGAAACAUUUUGUAAAUCAGAAAUCUACAAAUGGAAACCCCCCAAAAUGAAUGUAGGAAAUUUUUCACAAAGAAGCUACAUCUGAUUAGUCAUCAGAUUAUUGAGAGUAGAAUAAAAGCUAAUAACUUGGAAAACAUUUCAAGAUUUGUUUAUUGGAGCAUACAUAACAAAAAAUUAUCAGUUUAGGAAGUGAAGAAAGCCUCCUCAUCUAGAAAUAAUCUUAUGCUAGAAGCAGUGUUUUGGAUGCAGCAGUAAAUAGCUUCUUAAUAAUCUAACACAAAAUAUUUAUCUGGCCGUUAUGCUCAACAAAGGAUAUGUAGUUUUCAGAAGGCACAAAUGAGUUGAGUCAUCAAAGUAACAGCACUAAGUGUCACAUAGUGACAUUCACUAUGUGAAUAAUCAUAGCCUCUGAGCUUUGUCAGAUUUAUACAUAUGAGUGUACUUUAUAACUGCUACUUUCUGAAUGCUUGAUUUUUGUUUUGGAAUCCAAAAUAGUUAGAGCAGGAACAAUGCACCCUUACCUAAAUAGUUUUUGUAACAUACACAACAAUUUCUGACACUAAAUACUCUUGUUGUUCCAUCAUAUACUUAGGCCUCAAUAGAUAUUUUUAAAAGAAACCUUGAACGCAUGAAAUGCUAUGUGUCAUAUGUGUUUUCUACUUUUUGGUGGCAUAUGUAAAUCUGUAUAGACAUUGUUAACCAACUAUUCUUUUAGUAAAUGAGCCCAGUAAUGACUAAUCAAGAUUUACUUGAAGUAUGCAAUGAUUCAGCAAACCAUUGUUUAUAGUACACAUCUGAAUUUUCAAAAUUGGCUUUGAACAGUAGUACUUAUUAUACUGUACAGAUUGAAAACAGGGCCCAUUGAAGACAUUUUCCCCAUUUUAUAUUUGUGCUAUGUCCAAACUAUAUGCUUAUGUAAGUUUUAAGUGUGAAGUGCAGAUUUUAUGUGAGCAAAAAACUAUCUACAUUUGUAUUUAGUGUGGUAGAAUGCCACAUUUUUCCUUCUACAAUUAUACACUUUUUUUCAAACAGGUUUUUCUAUGUCUUUCACUUAUUUGAGUGUUCUGUGUCAUGGUUUAAUCUCUUUGCCUCAAUUUCCUCAUCUGCAAAAUGGAGAUAAUAUUGUCUACCUCAUAGAUACUAAAUAGUUUGGAUCAGAGUUUUCUGUUAUUAGAACUAAAAGCAUUUAUGUUUAUAACUUGAACAUUAGAAAUAAAAAGAUUUGUCAUAAAAAAAAGAUUUGGGGAUCCCACGGUGGUGCAGCGGUUUGGCGCCUGCCUUUGGCCCAGGGCGCGAUCCUGGAGACCCGGGAUCAAAUCCCAUGUUGGGCUCCUGGUGCAUGGAGCCUGCUUCUCCCUCUGCCUAUGUCUGUGCCUCUCUCUCUCUCUCUCUCUCUGUGACUAUCAUAAAUAAAUAAAAAUUAAAAAAAAAGAUUUGUCAACCCAUAGUAUAAAAUGUAUUUCUGCUUCUUGAGUUGAUACAAGAAGAUUCUUAUUAGAACUUAGUAUUUUGUGUUUAAAACAUGAAACACGUAUUUAAAGUAAAUGGAAUAAUCUAUUGAUCUCUUUCUGUUGAUAGUUAAAUAUGUAAACUAAAGAUCCAACUUUGAUUUUUUUCCCAAAUGAGCAGACAACUGUCUUUCAAUUUUGAUUAUUUCACCCCUAUUUCACUGAUUUCAAACCACAGUUAUAUUGUAUACAGAGUUAUCUUUUGAUGUGGCUGUUAAGUCUCUAGGCCUUACAUUCCUUUCCUCAUUAUUCUGCUGGUCCACAAUCCAGGUGGGCCAACUAUAGGACACCACCCUCCUUCCCCACACUGAUUUUACUGCUGUUCAUUCUGCUUUUCGCCACUAUGUAUAAACUCAGUGAAUUUCAGUGAUUCCAGUAACAUUUUGUCACACCUCGCUUUGUGCCUUAUCCUGAACACUAUUGCUUUACUAAAACCAGCAUAAUGGUUUUGAAUUAUGUCCAUGUUUAUACAUGUAGCUCUUGUUAUUUUUAGCAUCUUCUACUCUGUUCUAUUAAAAUAAGUUAAUUCUGUUGAAAGGCAUCUUGUUUCUAAUUUUUCAUGAUUACAAACAUUACCAUUUUGGACAAUGUGUAUAUAUUUUAUGCAGAGUAGGGCUGAAUCUUCAACCCACAGUGAGAAAAACAUGUUAGUGACUCCCUAUAAAUACAAACAUUUGUUGAUUCAAUCAGCAUUUGUUAGUUACUUAUUAAAUAGAAGGCAAUGUACAACAGUGAAUGGGACAUAAAUUUUACUCUUCCUGAGAUUAAAUUCCAGUGAAACAUAUCAGGAUUGUCAGAAGACAGAAACCAUAACAAUGAUUUGAACGCACACAAUAUGAUACAAAGAAUUGUUAAACUUGGUGCACAAUUGUUCACAAAGGAUCUGAAAGGGGAAAAGGGAGCAGAGAGAAAUUGUGAAGAUAGCAGGAAUCUGAAAGUAAAAAAAAAAGUCAAAUGUAUCACUAAACAACUGCAGGAAGCAGCUACCAGCUCUAGGCUGGUCAAAUGAAGGGAACAGGGGAGGCAUCCCUCAGAGCUGAAGUGCAGCCCCCCCAAAAGGAACCUAUUCCAUUGAUGUCGGUAUCUGAGUCCAGAGGAGAGACCUCAUGGGAUUGGGGCCCAUUUUGGCCAGGGAGAGAGUGCUGGCUGCCUGGCACUGGUAUCUGAUGGGGCAUGAUGAAGCUGGUGUACAAGUGUUAGAAAACUGAAUUUAGCUGCUGCUCUCAGAAGGCCUACAUGCCUGCCUGGGUGAAGCAGCAUUGCUAAGAUGCUGACAGCACAAGAGGGAUGGGAAGCCCACAGGAAACAAACGGGAAGAAGCAUGUCCAUUUGCCCUCCAUCUUUGUGGUCCUCAAGUGUAUGCUGUUGGCCAAGCAUGACAGCUGGUAAAACAUAAGUGUGAUUAUAGUGGAGAACCUUGGCUGACCCAACCCAGUCAAGCAAUUGAAGUUAACAUAAAUAAUACUGACAUUUGGUAUUCAAUAGUAUUGAAUUUGUGUACCAUCUAAUAGGAUGCAAUGACAAUACAGCCAAAAGUGCACAACUGGAGUCUAAGCAGGAGGGAACCAUCAAACAAACUCCUUUUGAGGUGCACUCUUUAGAAUAAAUGGCUUGUAAUCUUCAAACAUAACAAGUUCAUGUAAGUCAAGAAAACUGAGAAAGUGUUCCAAGUUGAAAGAGACUGAAAGAAAUGGGAUAUUGUAAUGCAUCAUCCUGGAUUAAAUCAUUUUGCUGUGAAGGAAGUGAUUCAGAGAAUGGGUGAAACACGAAUGGGGUCUGAGGAUUAGGUGGUAGAUAUUAGUGUUUCCUGAUUUUGAUGAUUGAAAUGUGAUAUAUUCUCUUAACUAAAGCAUAUCG